CAAACGUCUGUCCUAGUGCACGGAGGAUGUUAGCUCUGCUAUAAGGAACAAUAAUAAUAACUAUGAAUAUGGCAUACUGAAUUUUAGGCAAUUUUUCAUUCAUUGCUCUAAAUGGGCGCCUUUUAUUCUGGCUGCUGUCCUAUUCGUGAAACUCCUGAGGAGAAAGACUGUAUAUUAAAGUAAGUGAAUUUUUUUUUCUCUUGUAGGGAUACUAUGUAUUUAAACACAGUUGUAUUAUGAAAAAUAUAAUAAAUAAUAAAGUCUCUAAAUACAGUGUUGCCUCCACAAGGUCCAGUAUGUCCAGUGGUAGUGAGCUGAAGGACAGCAGAUCUGGACCUGAGAAGGAGGGGAGGACCUGGAGCAGUACUCAAACCUCCAUCUCCACUACUGAGGGGGAAUCAGAUGUCGAAUUACAAGCAUUCAUCAAGAUGAGGAACAAAGUGGACAAAGAUACUGAGGAAUGGGAGAAACUGAACUAUGAUAUCCACACUCUGAGGUGUGCUCGUAAAGAAGUUUGUAUACGCUGGAAGAAGAUCUUGCUUCAGCUGGGUUACCAGAAGGAGGCAGAUUCCUUACUGACCGUGAACAGACAGACGGUUCUGAGUGAUUGGGAGAAUGUGGAGAAAGCCAGAGAACUUCUGCGAAUCGUGUCCGAGGAGACAGGCCUCUUCCCCCGUGGACUCAGCAGCGGUGAAAGAUACAUCUUUGUCAUGGACCGCCUGGUGUCUCUGGACAGUGCUGAGGACUUUGUGAGGUUGGCCAAAGAGAAAUAUCCAAGAAUUAAGAUGUAAAGGAAGUUUUAGGGUUUGGAAAUGUUUGGAAAUGUCUACUGCAACUGUUUUUAUCAAUAAAUUAAUUGUUGUUU